AGGUGUUUGGAAGCGGGUGAUGUUCCAUUCUAGUCAAAAGUGAUCCUGGUUAUAUGUAAAAAGCUAUGGGUAAUGCACACUCCUCAUCCAGUACAUCCGAUGUUCUCCCUGUGGAAUACUAUCUGAACGAUCUAGCGUGUGGAGAGCCGAUAGAAAGUCUUGGAAGCACGCGCUUCAUGAAAGUGGCACGAGGGCGUAACAGUGAAGGAGCAUGUGUUUGGAAAGUUUUUCUUACGCAGGAAGAUUCAUCAGUACUUGAACCAUACCGUAAAGAAAUUUUUCGGAUACGUGAUGCUCUUGUCAAUGCACCGAAUUGUUGUACCGUGAAGAGAAUAUACGUGACCCCUAAAUGCGCCGUCUUGAUUCGGCCAUUCCAAAAGCAAACGCUAUGUGAUAGACUCAGCACUCGUCCUUUCAUUGUUCAGCAAGAAAAGAUUUGGUACAUAUAUCAGCUUUUCAAAGCUGUCUCGCAAUGUCAGAAGGUUAAUGUCUGCCAUGGAGAUUUAAAAUCGCAGAAUAUCCUUCUCUCUUCUUCGAAUUGGCUCCAGAUAACCGAUUUUGCUCCUUUCAAGCCAAGUUAUCUACCACAUGAUAACCCUUCUUCCUUCACCUUCUUCUUCGACACCAGUCGACACCAGCAUUGCUACCUUGCCCCGGAACGCUUUCUCUCAUCUAUCGACUAUGAAGUUUUACACAAGGAAAAAGGAGAUAAAUGGCUUUUUGGUUCUCUCGAGGCUUCCAUGGAUCUUUUUGCUGCUGGUUGCGUAGUUUAUGAACUUCUACACGAAUCAGGCAAACCACCGUUCUCUUAUGGCGAACUCUGCCAUUACAGGCGAAUGUCUGCCAGUGAGGCUGCAACUUUUCUUGAAAGGUUGCUACAUAAUAUUUCUGCUGAAUUUCGUCCUUUGUUGAAACUUUUGCUCAAUCGUGAGCCAUCUAUGCGAGUCACAGCUCAUCAAGUGCUAGACGGAUCGGUUUUUCACUUUCCCAAAGUGCUUGACUCCUUCUUUAGCUACUUGAACGCUUUUCGUCCAAAAGACCUUACAACUUCGCAGUCACUGGAAGGCUUUGAACAGUCACAUCUGACUUUCCAACUUGAACCAGACGACGUCAUUGCCAAACUCAAACGCGAUGAGAAGUCUUUUUGGGAUCGUUUGACCGAGUCGGAUGAAAAUCGCCCCUACGCCAUUCUGUUCAUUUCACUCAUUACGGCCAACAUUCGUGUACUUCGGAGCGUGCCUGCAAAAAUAGAUGCUAUGAAUUUGUUGAUAAAGCUCGCCUCACUGUGUAGUCCAGCGGUAGCAACCGAACGUGUGUUACCAUAUCUGGUUUCAUGCUUGUCCGAGUUCGAUGCAAGAGUGCGUGCGGCUGCUGUCCACUCGAUCACCGAGCUAGUUCGACCUAUCGAACCUACCACGUUCGAAGAUUCUCUUGUAUUCAUAGACUACCUUCUUCCCGAACUAGCCUCCAUGCUGUCUGAUAAGCGACAUCCAUGCCCUACGCAUGUGCUUCUAGCUGUUGCAAUUAAUCUUGGUGAUCUUGCUGAAACGGCUUAUAGAUUUCACGUAGUCGGCCGAAAUCUGCGAAACGGAGUAGCAGAUGAUGAAAUUUCUGGUGCCGAAAACAUAUCAGAAGCUCAGCAAGCAGCUGAUGAGAAGUCAGCGCUGCAGAAAGCUCUUAGCGAGCUCUUCGAAAUGCUAUGCAGCAGUCAGGACAACAGUGUUCGCCACUGUGCCUUAAAUCGGAAGUCCUUGGAAAAGUUAUACACUUUCUUCUCACGGAUGAAUUGUGGUGAGAUCUUACUUCGCCAUAUGAUCACCUUUUUGAAUGUAAAAAGCGACUGGAGACUUCGAGCUGCAUUUUUCGAAUCUCUUCCCAUCUGCGUGCAAAAGAAUCGCCGUGAGUUCGACGUCAAACCGCUGCUUCAACAGGGUUUGCAUGAUUUUGAAGAAAUAGUUGUCAUACAUGCUCUGCACUGUACAACGAUCCUUGUUGGGACUGGAGUUUUGGAGCGAAAUGAAGUACUGGAACUCCUGGAAGACAUACUACCGUUUUUAUCACAUCCGAACGAAUGGAUCCGUCUGACGGUCAUCGAGCUUCUCAUCCUCCUUGAUUCCCGUUGGGCUCUUGCUGAUAUACAAUGUCGCUUGUUGCCAAUGGUUCGGCCAUACCUAAACGAAGCUCUCCUUCGUCUGAAUAAUAAACUAGUCGUCUCAACUUGUCUUAAGCAACCUAUACCGCGUGAUACUUGGAAAAAAGUUACGGAGCUGAGUACUGAACAAACUGAAGCACUACAGUUCAUACUUGAACGUGGAAUAAGAGGAGGAGCCAUAACUUGUAAUGACUCUUGGUUCACGAAGAUUUUUGGACGUGAUACUGCGGACCCUGAGCUGUUCGAGAAGUUGUCUCGUUUCCAUAGGUUAUUGCAGAAAAUGGCAGAAUUCCGAAGGACCGCUGGAAUGGAGUCUGAGUUGACUCAGCAUAAAGGAAUUAUUGACCUAUCGUCUAAAUUGCAUGCAAACGUACGACGGAAUGCUUAUCAAUAUUUGACGAAUAGUACUUCUCAAAACAAAGUUGUUGUGCCGGCAGAUAUGAAUAACGAAUGGAAUGAGAUGUUCGGAGACAGUGAUAAGCUCAGCGAUGAUCGUUCGAAUGAGGAACGCAACACGACCAAUUUGCAGAUGCAAGCACGAUCCAUGAGAACUUCGGUCUGUGGAGCUCAGCUGGCUGAAUUAUUACAGCAUAAAAGCGAGCUUUUCUACAGGAAGUUCGGAGGCGGAGGAGGACUGCGAAUGGGUAGCAGACCAUCUUCAUCCACGGCGAAGAUUUCUGGAACACUAAUAACACAUCUACACGAGCAUUCCGACAAAGUUACACAGUUAGCUGCGCAGCCGGAUCGAACUCGCUUUGCUUCAUCAUCUUUAGACGGUUCGGUUCUAUUCUGGAACGUACAAAAUGCUGUUGGAGAAGGUUCCGGAGCAAUCCGAUCCGACGCAUCAUUUACGUUUGAUAAAAAUUAUCCCGUCUCAUCGAUCGGAUGGGCUAGUAAUGAGAUUUUGGCUAUGGCAGUAGGUAAUGGUCACGUCCUUUGGACAGAUAAUGGAGGAGGUGACACUCGGGUGUUAACAAAGGUGCAACUACCCAGUUUUGAAGGUCCGCCGGAGCAGAUUCAUGUGUCAAAUAAUAUCACGUACUUGCGAAGCCACCACGGCGUGAUAUACUGUUUAGAUCUCAGAGUUGGAAGAACGAAUGGGUCCUUGGGCUUCCAUGAAGUUUGGCGGCGUGAAGUGAUCAAAUAUCAUGGCUUGGUGACAUCAUUUUGCGUUGAUCCUUUCAUGGAAAAUUGGUUGGUAAUGUGUAGCACGAAUAAAGAGUUGAUGUUAUGGGAUCUGAGAUUCCAAGUGGAAGUGCUUGCAUGGAAAACUCCCAAUGGCUUGUUACCUUUGAAGUUGUGGUCAAAUUCCUUAUCUCCAUCUAUAGGACAAACACCUCCGGAGAUCUUUGCUGCAUAUGGAUCCCGAGGAGAGGUCGAUUUAUUUGAGUUAGGAACUACAGGACCAGUGCGAACACUAUGGCCUUCACUCUCUGAUCCAUUUACUUAUGCACAGUCGAGUGCCCCUGAUGAUGAUCUUCGAAAUGUAACCACAGCUCUUUGCGUAUGCCAAGACACUGGGUUUGUCUAUACUGGCGACAGCGAAGGCAGUCUCCGUCGAUGGAAUCUCAGUCGCGCGCCACUUUGCGAGUACAUUAGCGGUCCCAGAGAAAUGAACGCACGAUCACCAUAUCGAAUCGCGUACAAUGAGAUGGCAGCCAGUGCCGGGCAACCAGCAACAAUCUAUGAACUCCGAGUGCCAAAUGAGCAAACUAAAUUACGAAGUUAUCCAGAUCUACGGUCACAACCUACAAGCCGACAUCGAACUUCCGUUAGCGAUGUGUUGUCCCUGCAAAGCGACUUAUUGAUAUCAGGCAGUUCAGAGGGUGUUAUUAAGAUUUGGAAAUAGAUGCAUGACUACUUAUGUGUACACAUUGUAUAGUUUGGGAUCGAAAAAAAUGUACAAUAAACCUUGCCAUUCUUAA